AUGCCGGAGCUCACUCCCAAAACAGAGUCCACCAGCUCCGCUCGUCCCGCUUGGCCUGCCAUCAAAGGGCUCGGAUUCGGCGGGGACUACAAUCCUGAGCAAUGGCCGCGCUCGGUCUGGGAGGAAGACAUGAGGCUCAUGAAGGCGGCGGGAGUCAAUGUCGUCUCCGUCGCAAUCUUCUCGUGGGCUUUGCUGCAGCCCACAGAGGAUACGUGGGACUUCAAAUGGCUCGACGAGAUCAUCGAUCUCUUGCAUGAGAACGGCAUCGCGGUCGAUCUGGCUACUGCCACGGCCUCCCCACCUCCUUGGCUCACCAUCAAACAUCCGGAAAUCCUCCCUGUCACGUCUGACGGCAAGGUGCUCAACCAAGGCGGUCGGCAGCACUGGCGUCCUACCUCCCCCAUCUACCGCAAGUACGCCAUGGGCAUCGUCCGCAAAUUGGCGGAACGGUACGGAUCCCACCCCGCCGUCGUAGCUUGGCACGUCAACAACGAGCUGGGAUGCCACAAUCACUUUGACUACUCGUCAGACGCGGCGGCGGCGUUCAGGGUGUUUCUGAAGAAGCGGUAUGGAAAGGUGGAGAAGUUGAAUGACGCGUGGGGGACGGCCUUCUGGUCGCAGCACUACUCUACCUUUGACGACAUCCUACCUCCUGUCCUCGCCACUACCUUCCCUAAUCCGGGCCAGCAGCUGGACUGGCGACGCUUCUCCUCCACCGCGCUCAAAGAGUGGUACAUCGCCGAGCGGGAAAUCCUCCAUUCCAUCACGCCGGACAUUCCCGUCACCACCAACUUUAUGAUCAUGGGGGAUCAGAAGGACCGGGACUACUCGGACUGGGCGGGAGAGCUCGACUUUGUCUCGAAUGACCACUACGUCACCCACCCUCUUUACGGUCGAGACGAGCUCAGCUUUUCGGCGAGCUUUACCAGCGGGGUCAGCGGCCGCAUGCCCUGGUUCCUCAUGGAGCACUCUACCAGCGCGGUCAACUGGCAAGCCAUCAACGUGCCCAAACGGUCCGGCGAGAUCGCGCGGGAUUCGCUCUCCCACGUCGCGCACGGAGCGGACGCGGUCUGCUAUUUCCAGUGGCGGCAGUCCAGGGCGGGCGCGGAAAAGUACCACUCGUCGAUGGUGCCGCAUGCGGGGGAGGACAGUCAGGUGUUCAGGGAUGUCUGCAAGUUGGGGCAGAAUCUCAAGGAUUUGGAGGAGAUCAAGGGGUCCAAGAAGGAGCCGGCGCACGUGGCGAUUGUGCUCGACUAUGAGUCGUGGUGGGUGUCUGAGCUGGACUCCCACCCGUCCACUCUGCUCAAAUACCACCAAGAGGCGCUCGACUGGUUCGUCGCCCUCAUCAAUCUCGGGGUGAGGGUGGACGUCGUCCCUGUCCUGAGCGACUGGUCAGCCUACAAGGCCAUUAUCUCCCCCAUCCUCCACGUCAUCGAUACCUCCCUCCAGCACCGCAUCACCAAGUACGUCGACAACGGCGGUCAUCUCGUCGCUACCUACUUCUCGGGCAUCGUCAACUCGGAUGACCACAUCUACCUUGGCGGGUAUCCCGGGGCGCUGAGGGACGUACUGGGCAUCAAGGUGGAGGAGUUUGCGCCGAUGCGCGAGGGAGAGAAGCGAGAGCUGGACGAUGGAAGUUACGGGACGCUCUGGUCUGAGCCGAUCCAAGUGGGAGAGGGGGUCGAGACGCUGCGCAAGUGGAAGGAGGGGGGUGCGGCGGUGACGAGAAGGAUCGAGGGCAAAGGGUCGGCGAGCUAUGUCUCGACUCGGCUUGGGGCGGAGGGGUUAGGGAAGGGAUUGCUGGGCGACUUGAUGAGCCAUGCGGGUGUCAAGAGCGAGAUGCCAAAGGCGAUGCAGGGGAAGGUGGAGCAUGUGACAAGGAGCAAGGAAGGGAAGAGGUGGGACUUCUACAUCAACAGGACGGAUGAGAGUGUGGGGAUGGAGGGAGUGAAAGGGAAGGUCGUUGUCAGUACGGGCGAAGCGGGUAAGGGGGAAUUGGCUGGUAGAGGCGUUGUAGUUGUUCAGCAGGAGUAG